GAGAGAGAGAGAGAGAGGGAGGGAGAGAGAGGAGGCGUGACCAGGGGGCUGCCAAUCACCGGCACUACAAUAGCACGUGUAGCAGUCGUGGUCGGAGACGCGGGCAGGGCUCUCCGGUCCUCACACGCCUGCGUCGCGAUCGGCGAGGACUGGUCGAGCCGCGGCUGGUCGGGGAUGCUGGCCGCUCCGCCGUCGCCGCUACGCGAAUCCGAUCUUCUUUAAAUAAUGCAUGCGGAGGUAAACCAAGUACCGCUGGCAUACAAGCGCUGAAUGACGUAUUCCACCACCACCGACCCUCUCACCCCCCCCCACCCCCAUACGCACACACACACACCCGGCUACUCCUGUGCUGUGAGAGAAUGCUGGAACCUGUAGCUGUCGCGUGAGCCGAAAAGAUGUCACACUACCAUUUUAUCAAAUGCUGUUGUUUUCAGCUAUGUAACGUCUUUCGCUCCCACGACAUGGAGAUCGACCAGUGCCUGUUGGACUCGUUGCCCGUGGGCCAGCGCCAGCGGCUGGUCAGGCGGAUGCGGUGCGACCAGAUUCGGGCGUACUACGAGCGCGAGAGGGCCCUCCAAAAGCAGGCGGGCCCCGGGGCCCGUCCCAGACCCCGCAAGAAGCACAAGGUCCGCUUUGGCGUGUCCGACGUCAUCCAGGACGCCAUUGUGCGUCACGACGAUAAGGAAGUGCUGAAGCUGCUAAAGGAUGGAGCUGACCCCAAUACUCCUGUAUCCUCCGGAGGAUCUCUGCUGCAUCUGUGCGCUCGCCAUGACAACGCAGUGGCAGCGGAGGUUCUGAUUGAGAGGGGGCUGAACGUGAACCUGCAGGACGAGGACCUGUGGACGCCGCUGCACGUGGCGUGCGCGUGCGACAACGCCGACAUCGUGCUGCUGCUGCUGCUGGCCGGGGCCAACGUGCUGCUCCAGGACGUCAAUGGGAAUAUCCCGCUAGAUUACGCCACAGAGGGCACGGAGACCAGCUGCAUCCUUCUCACACACCUGGAGGAAAACGGUGUGGACGUGGUCUCCAUGCACCUUAUGAAGACGCAGCGGGCGAUGACCAUGCUGUCGGACGUCCAGCAACUGGUGGCAGCUGGGGGGAGCGUCAACCAACACAACGAGGAAGGGGUCACUCUGCUGCACAUGGCCUGUGCCAGUGGCUACAAGGAGGUAGUGUCCCUGCUGCUGGAGAACGGAGCAGAUCCACAGGUGGCUGACAACAACUACUGGACCCCUCUGCACCUGGCUGCUAAAUACGCACAGACCAACAUUGUGGGACAGUUGCUGAGGCGACGUGCAAACCCCACCCUUCUCAACUGCAACGAGGACAAACCCUCAGACGUCGCUGCCACCGAGCUGAUGGCCGAGCUCCUUCGGAAGGCGGAGGAGAGCUGGGAGCAGUGGCUGAGGGAGCCGUCGAACCCGCUGCCAGCAUCGGACGAGCAGUUUGAGGAGGCCACCCACGACGCGGCCACGCCCACCAGGAAACUCCCCCUCACCCUCCCUAUCUCCAAGAGGGACAGUCUCCUUGAAAAGGACGUCAUGUUCAGGGACGCACCCAGCGGGCUGACCCAACAGCCAUCCCAGGACAAUGGUGCCGACGGUCCCUUCAGCUCCAGCACCAGCAAGCUGGAACAGGUGAAGCUCAUGCCUCCGGCGCCGAACGAUGACCUGGCCUCUCUCAGCGAGCUGACGGACAGCAGCCUGCUCUACGAGAUGCAGAAACGGUUCGGAAAUGACCAGAUCUACACUUACAUUGGGCACAUUCUUCUUCUUGUCAACCCCAACAAAGAACUACCCAUCUACUCAGCACUGGUGAGUCAGCUGUACCUGAGCUCCAGUGGCCGGCUAUGCUCCUCCCUGCCCCCCCACAUCUUCUCGUCCGCGGAGAGGGCCUAUCACAUGAUGCUACAGGAGCACCGGCCACAGUGCUUCAUCCUCAGUGGGGAGAGUGGCUCAGGGAAGACUGAGGCCUCCAAGCACAUAGUGAAGCACUUGGCCGCUCGGUCCUGUACCAAGAGCUUUGCUCUGGACUCCAGAAUGAAGCAUGUCAGCUGCAUCCUGGAGGCAUUUGGUCACGCAAAGACAGAAAUGAACAACAGCUCCAGUCGAUUCAUUAAACUGCUGUCGCUGCAGUUCUGUGAGAAAAAGAAGAAAAUAAUUAGAGCUCGGGUGUACACGUAUGUGCUGGAGAAGUCACGGCUCACCUCCGCCCCGCAUCAUCAGCACAACUUCAACGUCUUCUACCUGAUGGCAGAAGGCCUCUCUGCGGAGGAGAAGAGUAACAUGUACCUCAACAAUGUCCUGGCUCACAGGUACCUGUGUGGGGGCACGGCGGGGGAGCCGGCUGCCGUGGCAACAGCUAGCACGCGGAGCAGGGAGAAGCUGACUGCACUGAAGCAGGCUCUCAGAGCCUUGGGCUUCAACAACCUGGAAGUAGAGAACCUGUUUGUGAUCCUGUCUGCCAUCCUGCACCUGGGAGAUCUGCGCUUCACCUCCUUGACCGAAGCGGAGACGGCGCUGGUGUCAGACCUUCAGCUCCUGGAUCAAGUGUCAGGGAUGUUGCAGGUGUCUUCUGAAGACCUGGGAGCGGCCUUGACGUCCGAUGUCCAGUACUUCAAAGGUGAUGUGCUCACAAGACAACACACAGUAGAGAUGUCCAAUCACUACAGAGACCUCCUGGCCAAGUCCCUCUACAGUCGCCUUUUUAGUUUCCUGGUGAACAACAUCAACUACUAUUUGCAAGGCCUGGAGGAUGGCACUGGGGAUCCUGCACUUGAGAUUGGGAUUCUGGACAUAUUCGGCUUCGAGGACCUCCAAAAGAAUGGUUUUGAGCAGCUUUGCAUCAACAUGACCAGCGAGAGGAUCCACCAGUACACCAUGGAGGUUCUCUUCCAGCAGGAACAGGAGGAAUGUCUGCAUGAGGGAGUCGCUAUGGAAACGAUACACUCCCCAGGCAACCAGUCUGCCGUGUUGGAUUUCUUCUUCCAGAAGCCACAGGGCCUGCUCUCGGUUCUGGACGAGGAGAGCCAAGCCUUGCGCCCGGCCGAGCAGAACUUCUACAGGAAGCUGCAGGGUCAGCUGGAAGCAGCCGGUACCAACGGCAGCACCGGCGGCAUCUUCCUGUCCACCAAGGAUGGAAAUGGCAACCCUCCCCCCAAAGACCAGGGCCCCUCAUUCACCGUCACCCACUUCGCCGGCAAGAUGACCUACGACCUCACGGGGUCGCUGGAGAGGAACAAGGACGCCCUCCCCCAAAACCUCCUCUGCGUGAUGAAGUCCAGCGAAAAUGUGGUCAUCCAUCAAGUGUUCCAGGCCAAGCUGACGCAGACUGGGUCGCUGGUCCCCCCCCACCACCGCCUUAAACUGCGAGGGCCCAAAGCUGCCCUGCUCCUCCAGAAGAUGACGUCGCCCGGGCCCGCUCGGGAGCCAAAGAAGCAUCUGGAUGCGAGCAAGCUCCUGAAGAAGAAAGGCAGCACUUCGCUCUUGCAGCGGCUGGAGCGCGGUGGACCGGUCACGGUCGCCAUCCAGCUCAGGAACUCUCUAAGUGAGAUCAUCAGCAAGCUGCAGGGCUGCACCCCACACUUUGUGCAGUGCGUCAAACCCAACAAGACCAAGCGGGCGGACGCCUUCGACAGCUUCCACGUGUCCACACAGCUGCAUUAUGUGGGGGUUCUGGAGAUGGUGAGGAUGAUCCGCUACGGGUAUCCGGUCCGACUCCCCUUCGCAAGUUUCCUGGUCCGAUACAAGGACCUGGCGGACACCAUCCUGGGAGAAAAAAGAAAGCUGUCCACAGAGGAGAAGUGCCGGCACAUUCUACAGCACUGUAAACUGCAGGGAUGGCAGAUGGGUCAUAGUAAGGUGUUCCUGAGGUACUGGCAAGCUGACCAUCUGAAUGACCGCUGCCACCAGCUGCACAAGAAGAUCAUUACCUGUCAGAAAGUGGCGCGGGGUUGGUUGGCACGGCGACGUGCCCGGCGCAAGGUGAGCGACCGGCAGCAGGAGCUCUGCAGUGUCCAACGCUUCCUCCAGGGGGCGGAAGACCUGGGCCUGCAGGCCUACGACCGCCUGGUCAUCCAGAACGCCUCUGACAUCGCCCGCGAGAACGAUCGAAUGCGCAACCAGCUGAACGGCAUGCACCUGAUCGAGCGGCCCGAGCCUGUCGGCAAGGAGGAGGAGCCACCCAAGAGGGCUCUAGACAGGAGCGGGAAGGCCAACGAAGGCAGCGGGGGCGGGGGGAGCCGCGCGCUCAAGCACUUCCGCUCCAGCUCCGUGCCCGUCCCCCUGGCCGCCGAGAGCUUGGUACAUUCCGCUGCCGGGCCAUCAAUCAAGCCGGGCGGCCCGCAGCCGGCGUUCUCCGUCGCCGCCGCCGACGAAGCGAGCGGGGCCGGGGGCCUGUCGUCGCCACGGAAACAGCCUCCCCCCAAGCCAAAGAGGGACCCCAACACCAGGCUGAGCGCCUCCUACGAGGCCGUCAGCGCCUGCCUGAGUGUCAGUCCCAAGGAGACCCCAGCCGAUGCCCUUUCCAAACCGCGGCCUCACAGCGAUGACUACAGCACCAUGAGGAAGGUCCCUCCCCCCAAGCCAAAAAGAAGCCCCUACACCAAACUGACGGGGUCGUACGAGGAGAUCUCCGCACACCGCUCCGUCGAAAUGAAGCUCUCCUGCCUCUCCAAGGGGGGCCACUGCCUGGGGGUGAUCCAUCGGGCGGCGUCGAUGGACGGGCCGCACUGCGUGGGCCUCAGCCUCUAUCGCCCCCUGGAGGAGGACGACGUCUACAUCGAGAUGGUGGGCCAGCCCAGGACCGCCAGCCUCCCGGAGGUGGACAGCCCCGAGCUGGGCGAGGCCGUCUACGAGGAGAUGAAGUACUUUCCGCCUGAGGAGGUAACCGUGGCGACGAACAAUCCCGAGGAGCCGUCCCCCUUGUUGGUCCAGAUGGUGCUGGCGGAGCAGCUUCACCCUCUCGGCCCUGGACCCAAGCCCCCCUGCAAGGACGGGACCUGCGACAUCCCGCCCCCCUUCCCGAACCUGCUUCCCCACAGGCCUCCCCUGCUGGUGUUCCCCCCCUCCCCUGCCACGUGUUCCCCGGCCUCGGACGAGUCCCCCCUCACCCCGCUGGAGGUGAAGAAGCUCCCCGUCCUGGAGACCAACCUCAACUAUCCGGGGCAGGGCGACGGGGGCAGCCCACUCUCCCCCCAGUACGCCCGCCAGAGGGCAGACUCCUCCCCCAGCCUGACGGUUUUCAUGCCUGAUAAGCCCGUCCUCACGACUCCGCCCCCUACACCCCCUCUGCUUCCCCCCCCUGCCCCAGCCCUGCCCCCCCCUUACAGACCCCCCUCCCACUUCCCGUUCCCCCCCGAGGGCGCCGGGGUCAUGGGGCUGACGCGCACGGCGUCGGUGGCCGCCCCAGAGUCCUCCAAGGCGUCCCACAGGGGCCACAGUUCGGCUGAGGCCCCGCUGGGCACUGGCAAGCCCCCCUUUUCUCCUGCAAAGACAGGCCGCCCGGAGCCCCGUCGCGCCCACUCCUGCUCCUCCUCCCCGCUGCUCUUUAACCCCGCCUCCGCCCGCCCCCUCACCAGCCCCCUGGACGAGCUCACCACCCUCUUCAGCUCUGGGCGGAGCCUGCUCAGGAAGUCCUCCGCUGGGAGGAAGAUUAGAGAACCAGGGUUUAACUCUAACAUCAACGCCCUGGGACGGGAUGAGGCAGGGACGACACCGCCAUCACCGCAGCUCCAGGACAAGAAUGCUAACAACCACACCGCCCCCCAGGCCCACUCCCACUCCCACACCCACUCCCCCAGCCCUGCACCUUUGGAGAACGGCAAUCAACUGUCCAACGGCUCCCCAGAAGACGAGGGUCAUUCCAAGACAAACAGCUCCGCGACGUCCUCCCUCCACAGGCACCUGGACGGUCACCAUAGCCAGGUGAUCCAGCAAAUGAGGCUGUCGCGGAAUGAGAGCGCCGCCCUACAGGAGCUUCUGGACUGGCGCAGGAGGCUGUGCGAGGAGAGGGGCGACUGUCGGGACCUCCUCCGCGGGGCCGAGGGCGACCCUGUCACCGCCCCUUCCCCGCUCCGCAGGAGCAGCCCCGUCCUGACGAAGAAGGCCCAGCCGUGACACGGGCCUCUCCCCGAUGGGUCACGCCCGUCUACCCAUUCUCUGGCUCGCUCUCUUCCUUCCCAUCGCUCCUGACCCACCCCCUCACUCCCUUCCCUAUCCAUCUCUCUCUCCCCCCAGAGUGGUCUGAAAAUGUGUGGUGAUGGUGGGUGUUUCUUGGCCAACCCUCACUGAGAGAGGCAGGAACAUGUUCCUUUGUCUCUCUGACUGUUCUUCCCAGUCUCCCCCACGGUAUUAGUCUGGGGUGAGUCAGGGAUGAGUCUUAGGUUCUUUAAUGAGACUCUGACCCCUUGCACUUAGAGAGCAGCUCUCUGAGCCACACUUCUCCUCUCUGACUGUUUUUCCUUCCCUUCCUUGCCUUGGGAUAAGUCAGGGAUGAGUCUCUCUAAGGUUCUGGGAUGAGUCUCUGGGGCCCUGAGAGAGUAGACAGGGACCAGCUCUCUGUGCCCCAGUUUAGUGCCCCUGUCCUGUCUUAUGACAUGUUGGGGAUGAGUACAGGGUGAGUCCCUAUUAGGGUUUGGUUCUGGGAUGGAACACACACACUGACCUCAGCUGAAGGGACUGAGGAUCAUGAAGUUAGACUGUGCCUUUACUACUGGUGCACAGAGACAAGUAACGCAACUGCUGGCCUUCAGAGUGAGGGUUGUCUAUAGCUAUUAAACAGCAGACCUUUAGGCUUGUGUAGCCUACAUAAUGGACCUCUCUGGUCUCCCACAUACAUGUCUCCUUUAUCCUUGCUUGCUGUAGUCUCUGAAUGCCAUCCCGUGAAACCCACACUCAGCUGGUGCUGGUCGUCUCGUGCCCGACGCAUCGGCGGCGGACGCGUCCGAAGUUUACAGGCAGACGCUCGUGUCUGCGCUCACAUUGACCUCAGCGCUAGCCGCCAAUCCUCUCCGCCCUCCAGGUGUUUCUCACACCCUGAGACGCAGCUGCAGGUUCAGGGAUAAUCGGGCAGAGCCUCAGGCACUCGCCUGUCGAACCCCGGGCCAGCGUGUCCCCUGCUCCGGUUCGGGGGCCACACUGCGCGCUCCGGUUCUGGCUGCCUCAGUGCACCGCCCGCCCCAAGUACCCAGGUCAGGAGACACCGGCCUUGAGACCAGGUCUAGCACACAGACACGUCUGUUCAACACUAGUGACCGGCACAGAGGCGAACACACAGCCGUAAAACCCGAGCCGCCGCCUUCUGCCAAUAAACGAAUGUGAGAUCGUCAAUGUGAAUGUCAGACCCAAGAGACCACGUUUGACCAAGGCCUGGAAGAAAACGUGUUACUGCUCUAUAAACUCCAGUAAUGUGAGAAAAAAUGUGUCAAACCUUAGAGAGCAGCUUUUGCACAAAGGCUGAUGCCAGUUUAUCAGGGUGCUCGAUGCCUGUAAAAUAAGUGGAAGUUCAGAGAUGAGGCUUUCAUCAUUUGCACCCUAUGUACUUAAAUCCAAGUCUGUAAAAGACUAGUGGGGACUAUUUAGAGGUAACGAGGGAGGAUUCUACUUUAAAGUGCUGAAUAAUCUGUUCGACAGCGCAGUGCUAAAUAUCACGACAGGAAAAGGUCAUUCGUUUGUGCGUACAUACCUGUAUACGCACACACAAACACACGCACACAGACACAUGCACAAUCGACACCGUGCCUCUGGAAACGUGUAGAGGAACAACGCUCAAACCUCCGUGGUCUAACAAUCCUGAUAGAACAAAGAUCCGCCAUAUUCCUGUGAACAUCUGAUGACAUCACGUUUCUCUCGAGAUUGCAUAAAAUGCAUCAGAAAAAAAGGAUUGUGAAAAAUCAUUUAAUUUAGAUCUUUUCUCUGUACAUAAAUAGCGCGUGAUUUCUGUACAGUUUUUAAUUAAAAUGUGUGUGCACGGGUUGCCUUGCCUCUCCCAGCCUAAGCACAAGGAACCACUGCGUUGUAUGGUGAACCGUCCCAAAUUUGAGCCCAGAUACCUCCAGUGGAUGUUGGGUGAACACACUGUAAAUAUAAUGUUCUGUCUAAGACCAGAAGGGACUGGCAAAAAAGCGUAUAAGUGUAUAAGUUGUCCAUCUGAAUGCAAGUCUCGGUUCAUAGCAAAGUACAAAAUAAGUGUUUGUCACGUGAAUAUUAAUUAUUUUGUGCAGAAUGAUAUAGUCAGUUUAUGUGUAACCUCUCCAUACAGAAAUCAUCACUGCCCCCCCCCCUUCACCCCACAGUCAAUAUUUUUGUACAUAAGUUACGUUUAUAUGAUUAUGUUAAGUUAGAUAACGCACAGCACCUGUGUCAAAUAUCUUGUCCAGUCAGUGCAUUCCUUGCUGUCUGUCUCUUGUUUGCUGGAACAGAGAUGCACAAGCUGUUUUGUGGUGGGAGGGGCCAGGCAUAAUUGACAAAACCCCGCCCCUGUUUUAUGGAAACGCCCAUCAACCCGCAGACCUCACCUCCCUUGUAUUAAGGUGAAAUUAGCCAGUAGCUUCUCUCACUUCAGCCUUAAUGAAGAACAGCCAGAUUAGCACUGAGCGCACUGAAGCACUGUUCUCUAUUAGGCAGGCUGGAUGGGGUGAGCCGUCUGUUCUGCAUCAGGAGUUCAGCUCUAGGACGACUAGACGCUCCACCACGGUGGCAACUCUUUUAUUUUUCACUGCAUUUUUCCCCCUUGUCUUUUAAAAAAAACUGUAUUUAUUUAUUGCUUUAUUUCAUAGAAAAAAAACAAGCCUAAUGCACAAAUAUAAAUACUUCUUUUUUAAAUAAAAAAAACCCCACCAGAUUCUGCUGUUUUGUAAAUGCAUGAAAGCAUAAGCCUAUGUACUCAAGCCUCUUUCUGUAUGCUUCCUUUUUUUUCUGUAGAUGAAAAGUCAUUUUUACGUACACUCUGACUUCUCUGGGUGCUAAAAUUUCCCUGCCUCCAUCCUGUGUGUGGCACAGAAUAGGCCAGUCCCCGAACGAUUGGACUGCCUGGUUCUGUUGUGGCCGCAACGGUGUUUUUUAUCAGGGCGAUUUUCUCUGGAACAGUCUUCUGUGCACAUCACUGCAAAGUGGACCUUUUAACUGACAUUAUUUAAUAAUUCAACAAAAAAAGGGUUUUUGCUACUGUCUAACUUUUUUCUUUCUUUUUCUUUCUUUUUUUUGUAAAUUCAAAAUUCAACUUGUGGUUCUAUUUCACUGUGUUUGUGGGGGAAAACAAAGAAUGCCUCUUUACACAUCUCGUUUUCAGUAUUUUCUACAUACCUGUACAGCAAUAAAGCACAAUUGUGUCA